AUUCUUUAAUCUGAAUAUUUGAUAACAGUUUUAUUGAAGUUAAACUGUUUCUUUGACAUGAUUGUUUCCACACACUACUUAAUAAACUAUGUUUCAUUUAUGCAUCAUCAGAUCAGCUCCGUAACAUAAUUAACGAUCACUCAAACCUUUAUUAACAUCAUGUUAACUGAAUUGUUAUAUUGUUCGUCGUAAAAUAUAUUCAUUCAUUUUAGUUUUCUCACCAUAUCCAUAGAGAACAAUUGAAAUAGUUACAUGGAUAAAACACUGGAUCAGCAACCAGCUCAUGACACAGAUGAUUCUGAUAUCUGGGAUGAUACAGCACUUAUUAAAGCUUAUGACAAUGCAGUUGAUAACAUAAAGGCACAACUUGAUGAUAAAAUGGACUCUGAGCAAAGCCCAACUAAUGAGAAUGUAAAUUGUCAACAAAGUAGAAAAAGCAAAAAACAAACAAAGAAGAAAAAUAAAUGCAAGUGGAAAGUUGGAGAUGAGUGCCUGGCUACCUACACAGAAGACUGUUUACUUUAUGAAGCCAAAAUAAUAUCAAUCAACUAUGAAGAUGAUACUUGUUUUGUCCGCUACUCUGGUUAUGGCAAUGAAGAACAGCAACAGUUAUGUGACCUGCUUUUACCUGAUUCCAAAUCUUUCACUUCAGAUGCUCAGAUGGAUUCCAGCAAAUGUUACCACAAUGAACCAGCACAAUCACAGAAAAGUCACAAAAGGCGAUCUGGUAAAAACAAAUCAGCUAAAGGUAAAAAUUGUGACAAAAGCAGUUCAAAUCCCUGGAUGCCACCAUUCUUAGGAAUGCCUAAUGGUGCAAACCCUUUUGCUGGAAUGUAUGCACCACCUUGGGCAGGAAUGCCUUCUCCACACAGACACAUGAACUUGCCAAAUAUCCCUCCACCACCUCCUCCAAUGGCCAGCUGGGACAUGGAUAAUAAUGAAGCUCUCUGUAGUAUGUUAAUGUCAUGGUAUAUGAGUGGUUACCACACAGGAUACUAUCAGGGCUUAAAGAGUAAACAAAAUUAAGACAAGAUACUGUUGUGGACUGCAGGAAGAUGGUGGUUUUCACUUACACAUCAAUUAAAUCACCUUUCUGAUAUGAAAGGCAAAGAAAACACAAUCUUCAAACUGCUCUUUUGUGCCUGUCUAUAAUAACAACCAAUUAACAUUUUUCUUUGAUGAUCAGUGCAUAAAAAUGGCACAACCAAUCACCUUUCCUUUUUUAAUCUUUCAAAUUUAUAUAUAUAUAUAUAUAAAUGUAUACAACCAAUACAGUUAUUUUCAUAGGAAUAAAUUGAAUGCUUUUGUAUGUAAUUAUAUAUUAUAUGGAGCAGAAUCAAUGGCUGUGAUAAUUGAAGUAUUGGUUAAAUAAAUCAACAUCCUAAAAACAUUACCAGAAAAAGACUGUUGUAUAAAGAAAUAAAUUUUUUGCUCUCUUAUUAU